AUGUCUCUCUCAUCUUUAACUUCUAGAAACUUAGAGUAUCAAGAUGAUAUUUAUUCAAAAACUGUUAAUAUUCCAGUAGCUUGUUUUCCUGAAUUUUCAAAACAAGUUAGAAGUCUAGUUCAUGAGUAUUACAAUGGAGAAUGUAAAUUAGAAGGACGACUUUUAUUUAAAGGAACAGGAUCUGUUUCUAAAGGUAAUUUAUCUUUGGGUUAUUUAACUUCUUCAUCACAAGAUUCAAUUGAUAGUAAUUCUUCUUAUGCUUUAAAAACAAGUACCAUCACUGAUCCUUACUCAUGUUGUAAUUAUGAAAAAAAGAAUAAUAAAUAUAAAAAUACCAUUUCAACUGCUUCUGAAGGAAUAUCAAUGACAGGAAAAUUACAAAAAAUUGGAAAAGUUCCUUCAAAAAAACAUUUACCAGCAAUUGGAUACAAUCACAAAAGUGCACAAAAAUCAUCUACAAGUGAUAAUACUCAAAAAACAGAAAGUAAUACAACAAUUGAAACAUCACCAGAAGUUUUCAAAAAACUUCGUAUUUAUGCUCAUCCUGAUUUUAUGAACUUAUCAACAAUCAAUAAAACAUCUAUCAAAACAACAAAUAAAGAUAGUUACUCAAAAUCUAUAUCCUCAACUAAUACCACAUCUCAACCAAUUUUUGAUGAUAUAAAAAUGAUUUUUUGUCGAAAGACAGAUAUCACUUCAAUUAAUUCUCGUAAAAGUUUAACUCCAGUUUCAUUUGAUACAAACGGAUCACCAAGAAGAUUUUCUUAA